AUGCAUGACCUCUGGGAGCAACACACUGAGGAGAUGAAGAUUUUAACUGUAUGCAAUAAGGAUUGUACUGUAGAAUUUCAGCCAGGUGCGGACAUGUCAUGGCAGAGCUGGGCUGCCAAUGAACUCAACCAAGCAGCUAAAUAUCCUUCCCCUUAUGCCAAUGUGCAUAAAGGUAACAUGUGCACCAUGGGUGGAAGUAUUGGUUUCAGUGACAAUGACACCUUGAAGCCCUUCACUUUAGAGAAAAGAAAGUCACAUGAUGAAAAGGUAAGAAAUUUUAUGUCUUCUCUUUCUUCUAGUUUGACAGAAAAAAACAGGCAUGCUAGAAAGCUACAGUUCAUGGCUGAGAAUGGCAUCCGACAGCUAGGACUCCCUAGGAUUGGGCAGUUUGCUGAGCGGUUGAGGCCAGAACCAAUGCAUUUCAUUUUUGAGAUCAAUGCUUGGCAGCACUAUAUAUACAAUAUAUUUGACCCUUUUGUUUCUGUUUUGGCAGCACCCUUGGGUAGAGGAGAUGAAGAUGACAUUGAUGCGGUACAACUGCAAAAGUCGCUUGUGAAGAUUUCUAGCCUUGAGAGUGUUGGUGAGCGUGCUAGACAGCAAGACCUUUUAUAAGAAUCUGAGGAGAAACUGAGACAAACACCUUGAAAAGGCAGGCAAUGGUAGUGUGAGGAAAGCUUCAGGUAAGAGGGGAUGUGGGCUUGGGUAUCUUGCCUCAAGAGUUAGGGAUCACUACAGCGAUGAAUCUAACAGACAUAACAAGUUGUCAGUGAGACUGAUAGGCAAUCAAGCAAUUGCCUUGGCAAGAUAUUCCUUGUUGACACUUUAAAAUGUGAAAAUGAAACAGAGGCACAGAAAGCCAAACGACUGGCUCUUGGAAAAAUAGGUGAGUAUUUGAGAAAUGCUUGGGGACUUUUUAACAAAAUUGAGACUAAUUCUGCUCAAGUUGCAGAACUGAAGGAAGUGUGCGAAAUGUAUUUCAAUCUCAUCUCUUUGUUUUGUCCUUCCAGUGUAAAUGUCACAACAUGGACAGUUGGAUAUGCUAUUCCCUAUCAUGCAAAUUUGUUGUUUCAGUUUUAUAAGGUUGGUUAUGGCAUUGCCUCAUUGCAGGCUAAAGAGGCCAAACAUUCUGGUGUGAAAGAUGAUUUGACUUUAACUAACAGCACACUCAUUGUUGUUCGCUUUAAAACCAGUGGUUUGCAAACAGUGCAACACCCAUUUCGCUGAUAACGUAUUAUUGUCGUCUCAUUUAAAGUUCUGCAAUGCUGCUGGGUUAACAAGUUCAAAAAUAAAACCAGGUACAAUGACAGUACCUACCUUGAAAGAAGCCUUGCGCUCGAGAGGAUUGAGUGUUGCAGGUAAUAAGGAAGUUCUUGUAAAACGUCUUGAAGGUGCUCUAGCUGGGAAAGGUUAUCAUAUUUUUUAG